CCUUCUUCCGUCCCGACCUCCGCCACUCCGCAUCUUCUUUCUCCAACUCGCAAUCAGCUUCAAGCAGGACCAGUCUCUACCGGACGCCUCAAAUUCUUCCAUUUAAUCCUCAAUAAUACGAAAGAAAUAAGCAACAAUCAAAAUGUUCCUCCGCACCGCCAUCCGCUUCCCCGCCAAAUCCUCUCUCCCUCUUCGCGCUUUCUCAACUCGCGCAGCCCUCCUCUCCGACAAGCCUCCCUUCGCAUUUGCCAGCGGUCCGGCCCCUCCGCGUUUGCCUAAAGAGGAGCAAGAAAUUUUCGAAGAGCUCCAGCGCAAGUCCACCGGCGCUUUCAGUACCCCGCAGAUCAACCAAUCGCCCGACUCGGAGCCCGCAGUGGCAGCUGAGAUCAACGCCACCGGCAAAGGCGAGGAACUGCAUCCCGAUGUGAAGUACGGAGUAAAGCCUGAGUUUGAAGGAGAGAAGAACCCCAAGACUGGAGAGAUCGGUGGACCGAAGAACGAGCCUCUGAGGUGGGGUGCUGAGGGUGACUGGAGCUAUGGUGGACGGGUUACGGAUUUCUAAGAGGAUAACCUUGCUCUGCUUGAUGUCCGUUGAUGUUGGUAUAUAUAAAAGGUGCAUGUGGAGGUUGACUUAGGUGUCUGUUUGCAUGAGUGGCGUUGGUUAUUGAUUGUAUCAUGGUUAUAGAGCUUUCUACUUCCCGCUCUCCUCUCUCAUCUUGUGCUAUAUGUGUAUAUUAUGCCACCAUCGAACUUCGUUUCGAAAACCCUGAUCUUGUCUGGUCAGUCGUGAACAUACUGCGGAUUUUACCUCGAUAAAGUCUUCAAAUUUUGUACAUUUACCUGCUGGUCUAUACUCGGGAUGAAUGCUUUGGAGUGAAUCGGGCCAGCUCAUUAUUGGCCCGAAGUAGCAAAUCACAAAUCAGUAGCUAUUUCAGCUACCAGAACGUACAUAGUGUACUUUCCGAUACACAGGUCGCCUACAAAAGGCAUGCGAUUGUGGUCAAUGGGCGCUAAAUCAUCCCUUCUGAUUGGUGCAUGGGAAACUGACAAAAC